UUUCUUUUUCCUUUUUGAUAAACCAAAAUGAAGGCUAAGGGAGAUUUGAAAGAGUACAAAGUUGUCGGGCGCAUGAUGCCUACCGACAAGAUGAGGACGCCCCCCAUCUACCAGAUGAGAAUAUUUGCCCCAGAUCGUCCCCAAGCGAAAUCCAGGUUCUGGUUCUACGCUUCCUAUCUUAGAAAAGUCAAAAGAACACAAGGCGAAAUUCUUUUGUGUCAACAAAUUUAUGAGAAAAGGCCAACUUCAAUUAAAAAUUUUGGAGUUUGGUUGCGUUAUGAUUCUCGAAGUGGAACUCACAACAUGUACAGGGAGUACAGAGAUUUGACUACAGCUGGUGCAAUUACACAGUGUUAUAGAGACAUGGGGGCCCGUCACAGAGCUCGUGCCAGUAGCAUCCAGAUCAUUAAGGUUAAUCCUAUUCCAUCAAGCAAAGUCAGAUCCAAGAACUUGAACCAGUUCAUUGACAGCAGGAUCAAGUUCCCUCUGACCCACAGAGUCAACAGGCGACUCCACCAUCCUCGCUUCACAACCACGAGACCACACACCACUUUUUAAAGAUUCAUUUGUUGUUGACAUUUGUUGUUGACACUGAGAUGCUCUGUUGACAGUAAUGCUGUCUAAUAUGAUUGCAAAAUUUCUCAAAUAAAUGAAUGAUUAAUUAUUUGCAGGUGUUUUUUUAAUGUAAAGUGGUAUCAAAAUUUAACUAACUUGAGACUAGUGCUGUCAGAUUAUGAAGUUUAUAUUGGGUGCUGGUUGGUUGUUAACAGUCAUUUGUUUGUUGAUCAUGCAUUACUUGCUUUGAUCCAGACAUGUGUGUUGAUGAUUGUAAAUGAUUGAAUGGUUGUUGGCCAUUAAUCACAUAUGGCCAUUAAAUUUUAUUGUGUUUUGUCUGCCUUCUAUGUGUAAAGCAUAUCGUACUGAAUUAGUUGAAAUUAAAAUUUGUUGCCAGCCUGUUUCUAGAUAAAAUGGCAAUGGAGUUGGAAAGUAUGCAGUGCUAAUUUAUGUGUAGAACAUUUACAAGUGUUUGCAUGCAGGCAGAGUUUAUUGAAUUCUAUGGUGGUGCGACAAGAUUCGUUUUCAAAAUUUUAUGUGGACUUUUAAGAGCAGUUUUAGACAAGUGUUAGCGGUCAUCACUACCCUGUUCAGUUAUAUCUGAUAUUGUGUAGCGCCUUUUUCUAUUUCCGGUUUGUAGUUAUGUUUGAAUCAUAGGGAGGUAAUGACCCUCAUGUUG